GUGAAAAUUAGUGCUGUCAGCAAAUAAUAUACAAAGGAUGAAUAAUUUUGAAAUAAUCAAUUAUUUAUAGCAAAUAUACAAUAAGUGAGAUUAUUCUGGACAUUUCCAAAACGUUAAGAAUUUAUGUACAUCGGCGAUUAUUCUCAAAAUUGGGCUCUCUGGAGUAUUAAUACUCUUUCCACCGUCUUUCGCAGCAGUCAGCAGAGGUAGUUUUGUUCGUGAGUUCUCCGUAUGAAGCCGUUGUGUCAAUGGCGUAAUCCUGCUGCUGCUAGUUAACUCUAGCCAUGAGAUUCUGGUCGGUGACUUACUGAGAUGUUGCGUUUUCUUUGGAAGCACUGUACUGCUACUGCUAUUGUUUCAAGAUGCAGAAGCUUUAGCAGUGUAGUUGAUCGUUGCAAUGGCAGCUCAUCAUUCGUUGUCAUGAGCUGUGGGGAUGGUAGUCAAGGAGCUCUAGGCUUGCCGUCCUCCCUCUUUGGUGUUGGGGCAGAUGCUUAUGAACCAACUAUAGUGCCUGGCCUUCCAUCUGAUAUUGUAAGAGUAAGUGCUGGACAUUUUCACUCUCUUGCCGUGACAUCUGAAGGGGAAUUAUGGGCUUGGGGAAGAAAUGUUGAAGGUCAACUUGGUAGAGGUCUACUUGAACCAAGGUUUAUCAUGCUAUCUUUUUGUUUUUUUCAUCAUUUCAUCUAUGCCUAAGAUCAUUAAUUAGUUUCACUUUUUCCAAAUGCUUACUAGAAACUCCUGAUUGCUCAUCAUUUUUUCCUGAGUGAGAUGAUCAAUUCAUCUAUGGUUAGUCUUGCUUUGCUCCUUUGCUCAAAUGUUAGGUCUAAAAUGCCCUCCUUUGGCGCCCCUAAAAGAGACGCUUUACAAAAACCGAUUCGCUUAGUCUGGGCUCAGCGAGAUAAACAUUUAUGGAAUGAACCAAAGCCAGUGGAAGGACUAGCUAAAGUGAAAGUUAAAUCUGCGUUUGCUUCUGGUGUUACUUCUGUUGCCAUUGGUGAUGAUGGUUCUAUGUGGACUUGGGGAAGGUCCAAGCGUGGACAGCUUGGACUCAGGAAAGGAGUAAUGGAGUCUCUCGUCCCAUCGAGAGUUGAAGCACUCGCUGGAGAAGAUAUAAUCAAGGUAUCACUUGGUUGGGGGCAUGUGCUUGCUCAAACAGUCGAUGGGAAACUGUUCGGAUGGGGAUACUCAGCAGAUGGAAGAUUGGGGCGGUUGGGCGAGACAGUUGAAGCAUCACCAUUGGAUUCAAGUGCAGAAUUACCUAGAAAACAUGAGAUGAGCCGUGCUGAAGCGCUAGACGUUGCUGAGAAACUUGUAUUGCAAAGCAUGGAGAAGGAAAACAAUAUGCCUAUUGUUUGGGUACCACAUUUAAUAGAAGAACUACAGUCUGUACGAGUGAUGGAUAUCUCCUGCGGGCUAGAUCACUCUCUACUCAUUUCUCGUGACACUGGUAUACUGAGUGGGGGCAGCAAUGUUUACGGUCAGUUAGGGCGAGAAAGCCAAGAUUUAGGUUUGUUCCCAGUGAAUCUCGGCUUUUGCCCACUGUCGGUUGCUUGUGGGCUGGGCCAUUCCUUGGUGAUUUGUAAUAUGGAAGAGCCAUUGGGCAGCAAUGAUCUCAAAAACGUCGUAUUCUCUUGGGGGUGGAAUGGAAGCUCCCAGCUGGGAAGGCAAGGGCCGGAGAGCAAACCAUUAAUGGUAGAAGAUCUCAUUGAGGAGAACACGGUGAGUGUUUCGUGUGGCCGUGUGCAUUCAGUUGCUGUCACUGAUGAAGGGAAGUUGUGGGUUUGGGGUUGUGGUAAAAAUGGGAGGCUUGGUUUAGGGAGCUCAUAUGAUGAGUCAGAGCCAACUUUAGUUGAUAUUGAACAUUACAAAGUAGUGGAAGCUGUAGCAGGAUUUGAUCACACUCUGCUCUUGGUUGCUCAAUCUUGACCUCAUUUGCUUGGUUAAAGGCUUGUUUAUGUUCUUACUUUUGGAAUAUUUCAUUUAAGGGAAGAAAUGGAAAUAAACAUCUUAAGAUAUCGGAGAUAAAAA